AUGCCACUGAAACAUUACCUCCUUUUGCUGGUGGGCUGCCAAGCCUGGAGUGCAGGCCUGGCCUACUAUGGCUGCCCUAGUGAAUGCACCUGCUCCAGGGCCUCCCAGGUGGAAUGCAUUGGGGCACGCAUCAUGGCUGUGCCCACCCCUCUGCCCUGGAAUGCCGUGAGCCUGCAGAUCCUCAACACACACAUCACUGAACUCAGCGAGUCACCAUUCCUCAACAUCUCAGCCCUCAUCGCCCUGAGGAUUGAGAAGAAUGAGCUGUCUCACAUCAUGCCUGGAGCCUUCCGCAACUUGGGUUCACUGCGCUACCUCAGUCUUGCCAACAACAAGCUUCAGAUUCUACCCAUCGGCCUCUUCCAGGGCCUGGACAACCUUGAGUCGCUCCUUCUGUCCAGCAACCAGCUGGUACAGAUCCAGCCGGCACACUUCUCCCAGUUCAGCAACCUCAAGGAAUUGCAGUUGCAUGGCAACCACCUGGAAUACAUUCCUGAUGGUGUCUUUGACCACUUAGUGGGUCUUACCAAGCUCAAUCUGGGCAAGAAUAGCCUCACCCACCUUUCACCUAGAGUCUUCCAGCACCUGGGCAAUCUCGAGGUCCUCCGGCUGUUUGAAAACAGGCUCUCGGAUAUCCCCAUGGGCACUUUUGAUGGACUUGGCAACCUCCAGGAACUGGCCCUCCAGCAGAACCAGAUUGGUGUACUUUCGCCAGGCCUCUUCCACAACAACCGUAAUCUCCAGAAACUCUAUUUGUCCAACAACCAUAUCUCCCAACUGCCUGCCGGCAUCUUCAUGCAGCUGCCCCAACUCAACCGUCUUACGCUGUUUGGGAAUAACCUGAAGGAGCUCUCCCCAGGGAUCUUUGGGCCCAUGCACAACCUGCGGGAACUCUGGCUCUAUGACAACCACAUCACUUCCCUACCUGAUAAUAUCUUUAGCAGCCUCAGCCAGUUACAAGUCCUGGUCUUAAGCCGCAACCAGAUCAGCUACAUCUCCCCAGGGGCCUUCAAUGGGUUGAGAGAGCUGCGAGAGCUAUCACUUCACACCAAUGCAUUGCAGGAGUUGGACGGGAAUGUCUUCCGCAUGUUAGCCAACCUGCAGAAUAUCUCCUUACAGAACAACCGCCUCAGACAGCUCCCUGGGAAUGUCUUUGCCAACGUCAAUGGCCUAAUGACCAUCCAACUGCAGAACAAUCAGCUGGAGAACCUGCCUAUGGGCAUCUUUGAUCACUUGGGAAACCUGUGUGAGCUUCGGCUCUAUGAUAACCCCUGGAGAUGUGAUUCAGGUAUCCUUCCACUCCGCAAUUGGCUCCAGCUCAACAGGCUCAGGCUGGGGACGGAUACCCUCCCAGUGUGUUUCAGCCCAGCCAAUGUCCGAGGCCAGUCCCUUGUCAUCAUUAACAUCAAUGCUGCUGCUCCCAGUGUUCAAGUCCCUGAAGUACCUAGCUACCCAGAAACGCCACGGUACCCAGAAACACCACAGAAUCCGGAAACACCACAGAACCCAGACACUUCCAGCUACCCUGACACCACAUCCGUCUCCUAUACCACUGAGUAUACCAGCCCCAUGGAGGACUAUACUGAUCUGACCACCAUUGAGGCCACCGAUGACCGCAGCAAGGGGGGCAUGACCCGUGCCCAGAGUGGGCUGGCCAUUGCUGCCAUUGUCAUUGGUAUCAUUGCCUUUGCCUCCUCUGUGGCCGCCUGCAUCUUCUGUUGCUGCUGCAAGAAGAGGGGCCACACAGUUCUGAUGCAAAUGAAGGCACCCAACGAGUGUUAA